AUGGACCAAGAAGAGGGUUCCUCGGGUUUAGUAAGGAAUCACAGUUCUUCAGCUUCGGACCAGACGCCAAAAAAUAUUGAUAAUGAAGAGCAUGGCGGGGAAGACGAACGAGUCAAAUUGUCCGAUUUUAUCACCAUGUUUAGAGACGAAAAGAUUUCAAAUCAUGGUGACGUUUACGAUGGAGAAAUAACAAGCGACACUUAUGGAACUCGGUCCGUUGCCAUAAAAUUUAUCCCUUAUAGUGAGCAAAAUGCGGAAGAGGCAAAAAUAAUGCUUUUGCUUAACCCACACACUCAUGUAGUGUCUGUGAUUCACGCGGAUGUUUACCAGCAAGGACCUUUGCAGUACAUGUAUAUUGCAAUGGAUAAAUGCAGCCAAGAGAAUUUACGUGGCUUUGUUGAAAAUCGCAAGAAAGAAGGAAAUUCUUUCGACUUUGAAAUUGCUUUUAGUUUCGUAAAGCAAUUAUUUGCUGGGAUGGAAUAUGUUCAUAGUAAAAAUGUGGUGCAUAAAGAUCUUAAACCUGACAAUGUGUUUUUGUCACUUGAUCAUAAAGUUAUUAAAAUUGGUGACUUUGGAUUGAGCGAAGUGCUUAAGUCAAGAACACAAACAAUAAGUACCAGGAAAGGUUUAGGCACUGAUGGAUACAGACCUCCUGAAUCAUUUGUAUCUGGUUUUCCAACAUCUCAAAAAACUGAUAUUUAUUCACUUGCUGUGAUUGUUUACUUUUUGUUGAGUGAUGGAAAACAUCCAUUUAGCAAUGAAAAAGAUCUCUGGAACUAUAAUAUGAAGUAUAAUAAAAGUAUGGAUUUGAGUGAACUUUUGGGCCCAAACACUGAGGAAGCUAAAGAUUUGAUAACAUGGAUGCUUCAGUUUGUUCCCCGUAAUCGUCCGACAAUAGAUCAAGUUCUUGGUCAUCAAUAUAUUGUGCCAUCAAAUGUUAAAGGUAUUCUAUUUCAGAACAUGUCGAAACAAUUUUUAAUCGACCAAAAAUCUUGCACUAAGGACAAUCAAGAUUUGCUUUCCCUCGCACAUUUUGAACAUGAAAGAACAGAGAUAAAAAUCAUUCCAAAAUUGCAAAAUAAAGUGAAAACAUCAAGCAGUAAGCGUAUGGCACCAUUGCAGUUGUCUAAUUUGAUGAGAGUAGCAAAAUAUCUUGAAGAAAAAAAGAAGAUACAAAUAGCUGCUGAAACAUCUGAAAAUCACAUAUAUUUAGGUGAAAACUUUUGGAUGUUUGGUGAUAAAAAAAUACAAAGAGGAUCAUACUAUACAGUUUAUGAGGGCCAACAGAAAGUUCCCAACUCUUCUCCGAAACCACUUGCCAUAAAAUUGGACCACAUUGAAAAUAUAGUCAGUCUCCGGAGACUGACAUUUCAUCCUAAUAUUGCUUCAAUCUUCCACAGUGGCUACGUUAAUUUUGAAGGUGCGAGUAGGACGUUCCUAGCAAUGGAAAGAUGCAAUUCUCAACCUUUGAGAACAUAUUUUGAAGAAAGAAAAAAACUUAAUAUACCUUUUGAUUUUUCUCUUGCUUUAAAUCUUUCGAAGCAAAUAGUUAGUGCUUUACAACACUUACAUCUAUCUAACUUCAUUCACAAGUAUCUGAGCCUAAAUAACAUUUUCUUUUCUCUCGAUAUGGAAAGUGCAAAAGUUAUUUUGUAUGGUUUGGCAAGAACUGUAGCCAUGGAUGAUACAUCUAUGGCACCAGAAAGUGUUCGAGCCCCUUUAUCAAUUAAAUCAAAUAUUUUUUCUCUCGCUGUUAUUUUAUAUUAUCUGUUAAGUUAUGGGAGCCAUCCAUUCGGUGAUGACCUAUUUCAACAGGUUCUGAAUAUAAAAUACAAUGUGAAGCCUGAAUUGAAUGAAUUACUUUGUCCCAAUCCACAGUUGGCUCGGGAUUUAUUGAUGAAAAUGCUGGAUUUUGUGCCUGAAAAUAGACUAUGCAUUGAAGAGGUUUCUAAUCAUGAAUUUUGGCGAAGUCUUACCAACUAA